AUGAUUGCAGAUUUAUCAUUAUUCGAUCUCGCCGUAACAUUUCUACCGUCUUGCGCGUCGUUUAAUCUUGUUCAACCGACUUUAUCUGUAUCACCUCAUUUUCCAGCUAUCAUGUAUCCGUCAGGAGGAGGCAGAUCUCUGAGAGUUGGAUAUGGUUUUCCCGGUGAAUCGGCUCCUGGAUCAUACCCGCUCGUUGGUACCAUGCAUGGUAGUGUUUUCGGUGGAAAUCCACAGCCGUUGAAGCAGCGUGAAAUCAGUUUUGAUACUAGCUCAAAAGAGCCACAUUUGAUCAGAGCGCGAGUUUUUGUUGGCAAUAUGAAUACGAAUGCAAUUACUCGUGAUGAUAUAAUUCGUUUAUUUAGUGGUUACGGUACACUAUUGGGUGUAACACUUUUCAAAGGGUAUGCAUUUAUUCAAUAUGCUAACCCAAAUGAGGCAGAUCUUGCGGUCAGUGUACUGAACGGUUACAACUGGAAUGGUUCUAUUCUUGGUAAGCUAACUAUAUUCUCAGGCAUAUACUGGCUAUCUUUGCAUCUGAUCAAUGGUCAUUUUAUCCGUCGUCUUACCCUGAACAUCGUUUACGCAUAUAACGAAUUGUUCAUUUUGGCUGAUUGA